AUGCUUUUACCAAGAUUUUUUUUGCUUUGUUUGAUCUUCAACUUGGGUUCGACAAUGUUCUGUAAUUACUAUCCUAUGGAUGCCAAAGCAUGUAUCUCAAAAACAGAUGGAAUUAUGUGUAUAAAUCGGUUUUUAAAACAAAUUUAGGUGAAUUUAGUUAGUUUGAAAAUGCAUGCCUUUAAACUUCCAUAACCAGUUAUGGCUGUGAACCAACUUUAAAUAAGUUAGCUUGUCUAAAUUAAUUAACUAAUCCUGAUGAUUCUGAGGCAACAUGUAUUCUUAAAUAUAUAUAUAUAAUAAAGGUCUCUUUACUUCUAAAUGUCAGCUUGCCAAAAAAUAGCAUUUCAAAAAUUUAGGAUGCUCAAUAAAAUAUUCAAAAUAUGGAUGCAUGAAUGUGUAAAAAAAAGACUGUAUUUGGAAUAAGGGAUGUUAUGAAUAUGAAAAUGAAAUACCAUUAGGAGAUGAAUGUUCAAAGAUUUUUGGAGAAUCUGUGACUCCAUCUUUAUGUUAAAAGAUUCAAAAUAUUUCAUGUAUUAUAUAUAAACAUUAACAUAUAGGUAUGAGUAAUGGUUUUGAAGGAGAUUAUUAAUGUGUAUCUGUUACAGAACAGUAAUAAUCUUAGAUUCUUUGUAAUUAACUAGGAUUGAACUAGUAAGGAUGUAUUUAAAUAACCACAAAAGAUUAAGCUUGUAUAUUUAAAUAUUAAUACUAUAGGUAUUUUCGAAAAUAACCAGUGUAAAAAUGUAUUAUCAACAUACCCGUAAAAGUGUAGUUUAAUGCUGAAUCGAUUGGGAUGUUUAUAAAUCAUUAACCCAAAAUUGAAGUGUCAAUGGAAAAACAAUACAUGCAUGGACUUCAUUGAUAAAAAAUAGACAUGUGAAUAAAUAACUGAAGUAAAUUCUAUAGUUUGUUCUGGAUUUAAUGGAAUAUGUUUAUAUGAUUCUAUAAAUAAGCAAUGCAUCAAUCCUACUAGUAAUUAAUUAGAAAAGAUUAAAUGCAAUACUUUUGGAUUAACCAAAUAAGCAUGUCUUUAAAUUAAAAACUAAUAUUGUACUUUCUUUAAAGGAAUAUGUGAAGAAUUAUCUAUAUCUGAUUUAAAGUUAUUUUAAUGUAAGAUGGAAUUGAAUGAAGAUGCUUGUAUUAAUAUAUAGACUUAAUUUCAAUAUUGUAAAUGGGAUGGAGUUUAAUGCACAAGAAUUUAAUUAAAUUAAGAUAUAAAUUGUCCAUUAGAUUCUUUGAAUUCAGAAUCUAAAGUGAAUGGAAAUGUUUGUUAAUCUAUAUCUAAACCAGGAGUAACAUGUAAAUAUAAUGCAAAUACUCAUUUAUGUGUUAGAAGUACUGAAAAAGAUUAUUGCAAUUCACCUUAUCUUAAUUUAUAAGGUUGUGUUAGUAUUACAAGUGCAGGAUAUGCUUGUUAAUGGACAAAAGAUGGAUGUGUUAAUAUAAAAAUAGUAGCUAAUAAAACUAAAUGUGAAACUCUUGGAUUUGCUAAUGCAAUAUCUUGUUCAUAGGUUUAUGAGAAUAAUUCUUUAGGUUGUUAUUAUGAUCCAUCAUAUUAAUAGUGUAAAUCCAUUAUUCUUAAAGAGGAAGAAAUAUUCUUAAAUUCUAUUAAUUGUUCAGAUACAAAAUAUGGUUAUAAUAAAUCAAUAUGUGCAUCAAUUACAACUCCUGGUUAAGUAUGUAGAUGGUAUUAGAAUUCAUGUUAAUAAAUAAGAUCAAAAGAAUAAAUAGCAUAAAUUUAGUGUAUAUAAUUAUAAUUUGUUAAUAAAUAUGCUUGUGGAUUUGUAGAAUAUGGUAAAGAACCUUGUAGAUAUUUGGAUCUUUAAAAAGGUUGUGUUAAUUCAAUUGUAAAUAAUAUGAAUUGUGCAACUCCUGGAUUAAAUUCUUUUGCUUGUGCUAUAGCAAGUGGUAGUUGUUAUUUUGAUACAAAUACUAAUUCAUGUUAAUAUGUUUCAAAUCCAUAUUAAUAAUAAUCAUAAAUUACUGCUGCUGCAAAAGCUGAAUUAUUAAAUACAAUGACUUGUGAUGCUAGUUCUCCAACAAUAGAUAUUUGUGCUUAGAUUGUAACACCAGGAUAAAUUUGUAAUUGGUCAUUUAGAACAAAUAGAUGUUAAAAUCUAUUUAUUCCAUUUAAUUCUCUUUGUAAUAACUAUUUGGGAACAAGUGUAGUAGUAAAUGCUAAUACAUGUGCAGCAAUAGAGAAUGAAUUUCCAGAUUAUGAUCCAGUUGAAGGUGCUAAAGUUGAUAUAAAUAGAGCAAAUUGUAAAUUCAAUUCUAAAACAUCAAAUUGUGAAACUAAUAAAGAUGGUUGUUCAACUCCUUGUUGUACAGAACCAGAUAAAAUUGGAAUAAAUGCUCAUUCUUGUAGUAAAUAUUCAUCAAAAGAUGUGAAUACAUAUUGUUUUUUUAAUAAUGAUUUAAGAUGUCAAUAAUUAACAAUAGAAUAAGUUGGUGUAGUAAAUUAAGAUACAGCUAGAAUAUAUUUUAAUGCAAAUCAAUUUAAAUGUUCUUAGAUGUCUAUAAAUUCAUGUUAUAUGAUUACAUGGUCAACCAAAUAAAGAUGUUAUUAUAAUGGUUCAUCUUGUAUUAAUAUAAAUUAUGGAAAUUAUGUUGAUUUUAGUAUAUUUAUUGUUGCACCUAAAAUAAUGAAUGAAUAUGCAUGUUUAGGUAUUGAAGCAUCAAAAACAACAAAAAAUAAUUUGAAAUAUUUUACUUAUGAUUCAACAACAUUUACAUGUACUUCAAUAGAAGCUCCAGUUGAUAAAGAAUCAUGUGAAUAAGUAAUUGGUAAUAGAAAUUUAUGUCUUGCUACUUAGAUUACUUUAGGAAAUGGUUAUUGUAAAUGGGAUUCUACAAAUUUAAAAUGUGUAACAAUUACAAAAGAUGAAUUUUUAUAAAUAAAUACAUGCAAUUAUGGUUAAAAUAAGAAGGCAUGUAUUAGUCAUGCAAAUAUAGGAUGUCAAUUUAGUAUCACUAAUGAUAGAUGCAUUGAUACUCAAACAGAUGUAGAAUGUACAGAUUUUGAUAGUACUGGAUUGGUAAGUUCAACAGUAUGUUUAAAAAUUAUAAAAGAUAAAUAAAUGUGCAAAUUUGAUGAAUCAAAUAAAUGUGUUGCUCAUUCAGAUGAUGCUGUUGGAUGUAAUAUUAAUGGAGGUAAUGCAAUUACUUGUUAUUAUAAAACAACAUCAGCAGAAUGUAGAUGGGAUCCAAAAUCAUUAGAAUGUUAUGAAAAUAAAACAAAUAUUGCACUCUUGGGUUGUAAUGAUAAUUUAAAUAAGAAAUUAUGUCUAUAAGUAACUAAAGAACCAUGUGUUUGGGAUAUAUCUAAAUAUAAAUGUUAUAGACUACAAGCAAUUGAUUCAACUUCUUUUAAAAAAAUUGAAAGUGGAAGUGAAUACAAUAAAUAAACUUGUAUGACUUUAAUUGGAGAUUCUUACUAUUAUAAUGUAGUUACAGAUGAUGAUAAUAAUAAAUCACAUAAAUGCUCAAUUUUAACUUCUUAGAUGAGUACAUGCAAUUAAUAUUAUGCUAAUAAAUAAGCUUGUUUAUUAUAGACUAGAGGAAUAUAUUGUUAUUAUGAUACAAGUGAAUCUGAUUUAUCAAAAAGAUGCAAACCUUAUACUGCAGAAUAAACAUCAUGUACAACUUCAACUUAGAUCAAUAUUUCAGUUUGUAUGGAUAUACCUAAAUAAUGUUAAUUCAAUACAACUAAUUUAUAAUGUUUGAGUACUACAAUACAGGAAACUGAUUUAUGUUCAGAUUUAAGGAAAAAAUCUGGAUCUUAUUAUAAUAAAUUGUCAUGUUCAUCAAUUAGUACUGUUAUUGCUGAUUCAGAUGGAAAAUUUCAAUGUUACGAUAAAAAAGAUAAUUAAUAAACUUGUAAUUAUGAAAAGUAUUGUUAUUGGAAUUCAAGCACUUAUACAUGUGAUAUUAAAAUUUUACAUGCCAUAUCUUUUCAAGUUGAUAAAGAAUGUGAAACUAAGGACAAAACAGAUUCAGAUGGUAAUCCAGUUGUAGAUGGGGAAGGUAAUAAAGAAACUGAAGAAGUUUGUAAAGAUGUACCUAAAUGUAAUAAUGAUAAAAUUAGUGAUGCUCUUUAUGUUUAAGAAUGUUCAUACAGAUAUUCAAAAGCUCUUUGUUUAGAAAUGAAUGAUGCUUAAUGUUACUUUGAUUUAAAUUAAGGAGGAUGUAAUCCUAUUGCUUCAAAUGAAAGAAAAUUAUCAAGUUGUGACAAUGUUUAUAAUGUUGUGUAAAAUAAUUGUUUGGAAAGUUAAUCUAAAUAUGCAUUAUGUAAAGUAGAGACUAGUUCAGACAAAUAUCCAACUAAUUGUAAAACCUUAGAGAGAUCAGUUAUUAAAUGUACUACAAAUUCUGUUUUACUGUCAUCUUAUAAAUGUGCUGAUAUUCUAUCUUUAAGUAUAUCUAAAGGUGCUUGUGCUAAUGCUACAGAUAGUUGUCGUUAUGAAGCUGGUAAAUGUGUGAGCACUAUUACUAAAGAUAGCACUUGUACACCUUCUUGUGAUUCUAGUUUUAGUAAAAAAUUGUGUACAUAUUGUGGAUGUGAUUUUGAUACUUUAGGUGUUUGUUAAAAUACACCAGUAUAAUUGUUUCCUUAAUUAACUAAAAUUAAUCUUACACUUACAAGUGAAAAUGAUGAAAUUGAGAUAAAAACAAAUAAAUAUUUCUUAUGUUAUGAAGUAAAUUUAUUGAAUUCUGGUAAAGCAGAAUAAGUAUGUGGUAGAGUAUCAUAAUCUUGUAUUUACACAAAUAUGUGUGUUGAUGCAACAGGAUAUUCUUGUAGUUAAUUAUUAGAUCGAACAGUAACAGAAAAAGCUUGUGUUAGAUGCAAAGGAGAUUUGAUGAUUUAUGAUUCAAUUACUUAGAGAUGUAAAUCUUUAAAAAACACAACAGUUUCAUCAUGUGAUAAACUAAAUUAAAUAGCUUGUUUAUAAAGUACAACAGUUUCAUGUAGAUGGUUAGAUUAUACUUGUGAAUCAUUUACAACUGCAAAUAAUAGUGAUUGUUCAAUUUAUAAUAAUUUCUCUUGUUCAACUGUUAAUAAUUGUUGGGUGAAUCCAGCAACUAAAUUAUGUUCUACUUAUAUAGAAACUUUGGGAAAAUGUAAUGAAUUACCAAAUGAAAAUAUUUGUAGAAUUUCAAAUCUAUAAGCUUGUGUUUGGGAUCCAACAGCUAAAUAAUGUAAAGAUGCAAUAAUGGAUUCAGAUUACACUUGUGCUAAAUCCAAUAAAUUUGGUUGUUUAAAUAAUAAAGUAUAUUCUUGUGGAUGGUUAGAUAGUGAUCAAUGUGAAUCAAUAACUUUAGAUCCUGCUAAUUUUGUUAGCUGUUCAGAUUUCUUAGGAAAUGAUGAAAAUCUACCUGUUUACUUAUAUUUUAAUGCAUAAAUAUGUAGUUAAUUAGUUAUUGAAACUGAGGAUGCAGUUAAAUCAUGUUUUAGAGAUUAAAAUUAUUAAUGUAGAGAACCUAUUAUUACAGAUACUUUUAUUUGUACAACUCCUGGAUUAAAUAAGUAAUCUUGUAUCAAUAUAAUUGAUGAUAAUUGUAAAUAUGAAGAUAAUUAAUGUUAAUUAUAAACAAAUUUAGAAAUUGGAUGUUUAGAUAAUUUGAGUAUUGGUGCAUGUUUAAAUUAAAAAGAUACUUGUAAAUUUACAGAAGGAAAAUGUAGUGAAUUUGCAAUAACCUAAAUAAAUGACUUUUUAAAUGAAGAUGUAAAUUAUCCAUAUUCAAUAUCAGUAUGUUCUAAACUUGAUAAUAGUAAUGAAGCCUAUUAAGAAUCUUUUAUUUAUAAUUCCAUAUUAUAAAGUUGCAUAUAAAUUACUAAUAGAGAUCCUUAUAUUACUGAUUGUACUUUACUUGGAAUUAAUAAAUUUGCAUGUCUCACUAAAACUAAUACUUUUUGUAUUUAUAUUAAUAAUCAAUGUUAAAGUUAAACUAGAUCUUCACUUUAAUAAAUUUUAACAUGUUCUGAUACUUUGAAUUGGUAUUCUUGUUCUAUGAUAAUAACAGACAAAGGCACUUUAUGCAAAUUUAAAAAUAAUAGAUGUUAAGAUAUAGAUGAUAUAGUAGAUACUUGUUAAACAUUAUAAGAUGAAGGUGCUAUUGUAAAUUCUAAUGUUUGUUCAUCAAGAACUGAUUUACCAUGUAGAUUGAAUGUCUAAACUAAUUAAUGUAAUGUAAUUGAAGCAGAUUAAAUAUUUGUAUGUAAUUAAUAAGGAUUAAAUUUAAUUGGAUGUUUAUUUUAAACAGAAGGUUCAUUAUGUAUUUUUUAGGAUGGUUUAUGUUAAAAUAGUUAUGGAAAUAAUAAUUGUAAAGAUAAAAUCAAUAAAGAUAAAUGUUUAUCAAUAAGAACUAAAAAAUAAUAUUGUUAUUUUGAUGAUACUCUUGGAUGUCAAGAUAUAGUAAUAAAUUCAGAUUUAUCUAUUUGUGGUUAAUUUAAUAAACAAACUAAUCCAUUAGUUUGUGCUCUUGCUACUGGUGAAGCAUCUACUCCAUGUUAUUAUAAUGAUUAAGUUAAAAUGUGUUAAGAAUUUACAUCUGAAAUAAUAACAGAAUGGACUAAUAGAAUUUCUUUUAAUUCUAAAACUUGUUAACUCUAUAAAGAUGAUAAUAAAUUAACCUAUUGGAAAGAUGAGUGUUUAGAAAUACCUACAUAAUAAUUAUCUUAUCUUGAUUGUGAUAGUUAAUCCAAUCUAUUAGGAUGUGUAAGUAUUACUAAUCCUAAUGCUUAAUGUAUGUUUAAUAAAGUAAAAAAUCUAUGUGAAAAAGUCACAGAUUUCACAUAACCUUGCAUUAGUUAUGUUAAUAUUAAUUCAAGCAUUAUUUGUGAGAGAGUUAUUGAUAAUGCUUGUUAUUUUAGUAAUACUGAUUAAGCAUGUUUAAUACUUAAGCCAGAAGAUGAAAUCGAUUGUAGUGUAUAAACUAAUGGAUAUAAUGAAAUUGCAUGUAAAUAGAAUACCAAUUGUGUAUUCAGUGAUCAUUGUUAUUUAAAAGAAGAGGGUGAAUUUUCAUUAUGUAGUGAUGCAAAUACUAAUAAGACAUCUUGUUAAGCUGUAAAAUAUGAGUCAUGUUAAUAUAAAGAUAAUAAUUGCAGUAAAAUUUCUGAUACAUCUAUAAUUAGAUGUGAAGAUGCUAUUAAUAUAUUUGGUUGUUAAAAUAUUACUACUGAUGGAGUAUAUUGCAGAUUUAUAGAUGAUUUAUGUUAAGAGAUAAAUCCUUUAACAUUGAAAGAUACAACAUGUACAGAACUAACAACUAUAAAUAGUUUUAUUUAUUGUGAAUAAGUAUCAGUAGAUGAUUAAUUAUGCAAAUAUGAUAUUAAGAAAAAGGUUUGUGCUUUUACAGAACCAAUAGAUGAAUUCAGUUGCAAUAGAGGUUUAAAUCAAUUAGCAUGUUUAAAUAAAACUACUAAAUCACUUUAAUGUAAAUUUUGGAAUUAUUGUUAUGGACCAAAUUAUUAGAUUUUGAAUUGUGAUUAUACAUAAGUUGAUGAUUGUUGUACAUUUGCUUCCAAUUUAGAAUCAUGUUUAUUCUAAUCUUAAUUUAAUUGUCUUUGGAUUGAUAAUAAAUGUUAGAAAUAUACAUCAACUUAAACUGAUUGUAAUUUGAUUGAAAAUGCUUCUAGAAAUAUAUGUACAUCAAUUUAAAAUAGUUUUUGUAUUUUUGAUACUACAUUAAAAACAUGUAGAACAAUAAAUCCAACUAAUUGUGAUCAAGCAUAAACACCUGAAUAAUGUAAAAUAAUAAAAGGAUUACCUUGUUAUUGGAAUUCAAUAGUGGAGUAAUGUGAAUACAAAUAAAAAAAAUUAUAUGAUGAGUGUUAGGAUAUAGAAAAUGCAUCUGGUAAUAUGAGAGCAUGUUUAGAUGUAGAAAGACCAGGAUAAUUAUGUUAAUUUAUAAAUAAUUAAUGUAAAACAUUUAUUGAAAUACCAAAUUCUAAUAAUUGUUUAGAUAAUAUUAAUAAAGUAUCAUGUACAUAAUAAAUUGUAAAUGAAUGUAUUUGGGAAUUCAAAACUAUUAAAAUUAAGUUAACUUCAUUAGCCAAAUAAGAAACUGAAUUAAGUAUAGGUGAAUGUAAAAUAUUCACAGCUUUUGAUACUAUGAAUUGUUCAGAUUAACUUAGUUAUUUAGCUUGUUUAAAGAUUACAAAAAAAGGUGUUUAAUGUUAUUGGAAUGAUGAAUAAUGUUAAACUAUUCCUAUAAUUAAAGGAGAUAUAAUUACUCCUAAUACUUAUGUUUUAAUUAAUAGUAAUGCUUGUGCAUUAGUUAACAAUGGAGAUAUGGUUAGAUAUAAUUAAGAUACUUUAUCAUGUAUUAAAGAAACCAAUUUUGAUAAUUUAACCUGUUCCCCUAUGACUCCAGGUCUAAAUAAAUAGGCUUGUAUAAAAAAUUAAUUUUAGAAAUGUAGUUGGGAUGAAAAAAAUCAUGCUUGUGUAUUUGAAGGAAAAAGACUUUUAGUAGAAGAGUAAUUAUAAUCUCAUAGAUUAUUAUAAACAUAAACUUGCAAAAGAGAUGGAUUAGGACCAUAAUUAUGUUCUUAACUUUCUUUAUAAUUACCUUGUGGUUCAGGUGAAAUUGGUUGUGAUCUUAUUGAUAUUAAUACAGCAAUUUGUUCAGAUAAAGGAAUUAAUAAAUAUGCAUGUUUAAAUUUAAAGACUGGACCAUGUGUUUGGAUGUAAGAUUAAGAUGGUAUAUUUGUUUGUCAAGAUUAUAUUCCAUUUACUUCUUGUGAAUAAGUAUUUAUAGAUGUGAAUUCUUCUGUUUGUUCUUAUGUAUUAGAUGAUGCAUGUGUAUAUAAUAAAUAACUUAAUAAAUGUGAAAUUCCUACUGAAAAAUAUACACAAUGUGAAAUAGAAGGUAUUAAUGCUAUUGCUUGUUCUUUAAUAUAAGGUUGUAUAUUUAAAAAUUAGAAAUGUUAAACUUAAGAUCUUAAUUUGAAUGUACUUUGUAAUUAAGUUGAAUAAGCUAAUUAUUAAGUAUGUUCACUUGCUAUUGACAGAUGUAAAUAUAGUGAUUUAACUCAUGGUUGUAUUAAAUCUACAAUUACAGAUAAUUGUAACACUCUAGGUUUAAGUGCUUUAGGUUGUAAUGUUUUAGAUGAAUGUAAAUGGAGUGAUUCAAAAUGUUAAUGUCUUGCUUAUAUUGAAUAAUUCCCUAUAUGUUCAACAAUACUUGAAUAUAGUAAAUGUGAAAAUUUGAAUUAUUGUUUCUUUGAAGUUUCAGAAUCUAAAACCAAUAAAGAUAUUACUUAAUAUUUAAAAAACACAAAUUAUGGUACUUGUAGAGAUAAAAAAUGUUCUGAUCUUAUUGUUAAUGAAUGUUCAGGAACUGUUAUUGGAGAUGCUUAUUGUUAUUUAAAUACUAAAUCAGAAUGUUUACCUGCCUAUAAUUGUAAUGAUCUUAUUGCAACUUCUCUUGAUUGCUCUGUUUAUAAGAUUAAGAAUAAAAGAUGUAAAAAUAAAUUAACAUUAACUGGUUGUGAAAAUCUUGAUUGUAAUUCAUUAAAUUAAACUAAUUGUGAAUAAUUUAUAAAUGAAUGUGUUUUUGUUGGAUAUUGUAAAAAUAGAACUUGUGAAUAUAUGGGUAAAACAUAAUGUUUAUAAAAUGAUUGUGAUUGGAAUGAUUAAUAAGAAAAAUGUACUAUAUAAUUAGAUUGUUCAUAAAUAUCUACUAGUGAUAAUUGCAUUCUAAAAAAAUAAUAAGGAAUUUAAUGUGCAUGGAUUCCAACACUUAAUAAAGUUGAAGAAUGUACAUCUACUGGAUGUAGAUAUUUAGGUAUAUCAUAAGGAGAUUGUAUGGGUACACAUAUUGGAACUGAUGUAUGUGUUUAAAUGAACGAUUUCUCUUGUGUUUCAUGUGAAGAAAUCAAAGAUUCAUGUAUUUGUUUAAAUCAAUCUUAAUUCUGUUCUUAUGACAAUCUUAAUCAAAAAUGUAAAUCUAAGAGUUGUUAACAUCACAACCAAGAUGAUUGUCCAAAUACUCAUUGUAGAUUCAAUAAUUCAUUAAAAGUAAUUUUAUUUUAUUAUUAAUUUAGAUAUGCUAACCUUUAUGCUAAUAUAAUUAUAAUCAAUUAUAAUGUAAUUAAGCUGAUGAAUGUGUUUGGGAUUCUAUUAAUAAAAUAUGUGCUUCACAUUUAAGCAAUGUUAUUACGCCAUAAAUUAAUUUACCAGCCCCAAAUCAUGCAUAUAUACUAAUGCCCAUCUUUCUAGUGAUUUUAAUGAAUUUAUGA